AAAGGAAGAUGGCGGCCCGCAGCUUUCCUACGCCGCUGCAUGGGCACGUGGGUCGUGGCGAGUUCAGCGAUGUGUACGAGCCCGCGGAGGACACGUUCCUGCUGCUGGACGCACUGGAGGCGGCGGCGCCCGAGCUGGCGGGAGUGGAAAUAUGCCUUGAAGUAGGGUCGGGGUCUGGUGUGGUGUCCGUGUUUCUAGCUUCUAUGAUAGGUCCUCAGGCUUUGUACAUGUGCACUGAUGUCAACCCAGAGGCCGCAGCUUGUACCCUGGAGACAGCGCACUGUAACAGGGUUCAUAUCCAGCCAGUCAUUACUGACCUGGUCAAAGGCUUGCUACCAAGAUUGAAGGAAAAAGUUGAUCUUCUGGUAUUUAAUCCCCCCUAUGUAGUGACUCCACCUGAAGAGGUGGGAAGCCAUGGAAUAGAAGCAGCUUGGGCUGGUGGCAGAAACGGUCGAGAAGUCAUGGACAGGUUCUUUCCACUAGCCUCAGAUCUACUUUCCCCAAGAGGACUAUUCUAUUUAGUUACCAUAAAAGAAAAUAACCCAGAAGAAAUUUUGAAAACAUUGAAGACAAAAGGUCUACAUGGGACCACUGCACUUUCCAGACAAGCAGGUCAAGAAAUCCUGUCAGUCCUCAAGUUCACCAAGUGCUAAUACACCAAGAGCUAGUGAAAGUGUGCCAAGAACUACUGGAGACUGAAUGCAUUUCUCAGUGAAAGAAUUUUAUGAGAAUUUGUUGUAAGGAAAGAAAUGGAAAGAUGGUGCUUCCCUCUCAGGAAAUGAGGCCCACAGAAAUAUUUGUACAUGUGCAUGUAAAUAUGUGUAAUAUAUUUGUAAUUUUAAUUUUAUAUGUAAAGUUAUAUAUGAAAAGAUGUUCAUUUCAGCAUUAGUUCUAAUAGCAAAACCAGGGAAUCAACCUAAACAUGUCAGGAAGCAGAUUGGUUAAACAGAUUAUCUGUGUCUGUUUCACUGAAUAUACAGCCAUUAAACAUGAGUAAGGUCUAUUUAUACUGAAGCAGAAGGGGUCUGUGAUAUACCAUUGAUUGAGAAGAGCAAAUUGCAGAAGUUUCAUCCUGUAUAUAUAUUUUUUAAAAAACAAUAGUGAUGAUGUGUUUGUAUGUGUAUAUAAAAAGUAAACUCUCAAAAGAUAAAUAACAGGAAUGAAGGAACUUUUUACUUUUUUAUGGUGGCAUUUGUAGUUGUACAGUGAUAGUUGGAGAAUGACCAUGGAUUAUCAAGCUUAACCAAGUGGCUCCACAGAUGUGGUUUCAUUGAGCAAAUUAGCACAUCUCUUGGUGCCUGUUAUGAUCUGACAAAUGCCUUUUUCUCCACACCUGUCCAUAAAGGCCCAGCAAUAUACCUUCACUGUCCUACCUAGGUAACAUCUAUUCUACAGUCCUACAUCAUAAUAUAGUGUGCAGGGGUCCUGAUCACUUUCUCAACUUACUGGUAAGCUAUUUGCCUAUAACAAGGUAGGAAAUCUGAUUAAAUUCAGGGGCCUUUUACCUCAGUGAAAUUAGUGGGGCAUGUUGAGACAUCUCUUCUAAGGUAAAGAUAAAUACCUGAAGAGGUUUUAAAAGUAUUAACUGCUCCUACAACAAAGAGGGCACCUAGUAGACUCUGGGGUUUUAGAAGCAACAAGUGAAUAUUUGGAUAUGUUACUCUAGCUCACUUACCAAGUGACCCAAAUACUUGGCUAGUUUUUUGAGUUGGACCCAGAGUAAGAAGAGGGUUUGCACUGGUCGAGACUGCUGUGCAAGCUCCUCAGCCACAUAUGCUUUGUGAUCCAGCAGACUCUGAUGCUUGAAGUAUCAGUGGCAGCUAGGGGUGAGGGAGAGCCUUUGGCAGGCCUCUACAGGUGAGUUGCAGUUGCAGGCCUUUGGAAUUUUGGAACAAGACCCUGCUCAUGUCACAGAUAGGUACUCUCAUUUUAAGAGAGCUCUUGGCCUGCUACUAGGCUUUAGUUAAUUCUCAGUGCCUAAGCAUGAGUGACCGGUUUAUCAAAUGAUCUGAGCUACCCAUCAUGAACUGGAUAACAUCAGACCUACCAAACAAAGCUGGUGUGGACAGAAAUUCUCCAUCAAAACAGAAGAAAAAAGGAAAAAAGAAAGAAAUAUCAAAUGGAAAUCAUAUUAUACAUGAUUGGGCCUGAGCAAGCCCUGAAGGCAGAAGUUACAUGAAGAAGUGACCCAUCGGGCUGAGGGUGAGAGAGAAGGCCACACUCCAGGUUGAGACUCUGAAAAUAACCCAUUCCUGCCUCUGUUGCUAGCCUUGCACUGUGCAGUGAAGAAGUCUCAGUUGUGAUUUUUCGAAAUCUGGGUUUGGAUUCUUGGAGCAGCUGAACUGCUGUUGCUCAGCACUCUAUAUCCCAGCGCUGGAGAUUUGGAGGCUUCUGAUCCUCAACAAAUUCUUGCUGUCCUCAUGGCUUCCAGCCAAAGGAGUCAAUCCUGUAAGGGUUCAAGAUCCUCACAGGAUGCACGCUUCUCUCACAUCCUGCAAACUGUGCUCCUAAAUGCCAAGUUAUGUAAGUUGGUGUCAUUUCUGCUCCACAAGUAUCAAAAGAAGGAGCAGGUGACCAUGAAAGAAAUGCUGCAUGUUCUGCCCCGUGAUUACUGUAACAACUUCCCUCUGAACUUUUGGGAACUCUGUGAGUCCAUGUAUCUGGGCUUUAGCGUGCAAAUCAGGAAAGUGAAUCACUCUGGCAAUACAUAUGAGCUAGUCCUCAUUUUGGGUCGUACAUACAGUGGGAUACUAGUUGGUGAUGAUGAAAGAAUCAUUCUCAAAAUCAACAUUAUUAUGUUCAUCCUGUCUAAUUUUCAUAGAGGGCAACCGUAUCAGUGAGGAGGACCUAAGUGAAAAAAUGAAACGAUGGGACAUGUUAGCUCACUCUGAGCAUAUUCAUUUUGAGGAAGCCUGGGAAUUCAUCACUGAGGAUUUAGUACAGGAAGAGUACCUGAUGUACCGGCAGAUUCCUAACAGUGAUCCUGCUCGCUAUGAGUUCCUGUGGGGUCCAAGGGCCCACGCUGAAAUCAGCAAGAUGAAACUCCUAGUUCAUAUGACCCAUCAUCGUAAUGGAACAGAUCCCAAGUCCUACCCAGAACUAUAUGAAGAGGCUUUGGAAGCAGAACUAGGUAUAGAGCCAGGGUUCCUGAGAAACAGGGAAUGUUGCCCAAAGGUGUCUGUGAAUUUGCUCUCCCCUGAGAAGAAAUGAGGCCCAUUUCAGUCUCUGUGGAGAGCAGGCAGUUUUCUAAGUAGUGAGGGCCAGGGGAGGGGUAAAGUAGCACGCAUAGCAUCUUGCUGUCUCUUCUGUUUGGGUUACUUGGAAAUGGACAGGGGUUUUCUUUAUGGUGUUUUGAGGUAUUGGCCAUUUUGGGGGGAGACUGAAGUAGCUUGCAUAUUUAUUGGAUGGUAUUGAUCUGAAUUUUUAGUUUUGUGAUGUUGAUGUUUGCGUUUUCUGAUGGGAAUGUGAUUUUGUGUGACACUGGUCACAAAUGGAGUGCCUUUUCCAUUCAAAUGUAACAGUCUUUCCUGUUUUAUCAUACAAACAGAAAAACUAUUCAUUUAUGAUAAAAUGGGAAUGGAAUAGGAAUUUCCUUGAAAAUUGUAAGUUUACAUCAAGUUAGAGGGACCCUAGAAAAAGUGAUAAGGAUGAAAAAUACUGGCUGCUUCUUAUUUCUUUUCCCC